AUGAUCAGGGAAGAAAAUGAAGCCCUCAAUUACUACCGGCCUGGAUACUUCCUCAUUACUGGGAUCGUAUCACCUCAAAACUUUAUCAAGCAACAGCCAUACAUCUUUUCUCAGUCCCCCUUAUCCAAGUUUGAUGGCUUGUCAUCUAUGUACUACUGGCACAUUUUGUCCUUCUUGUUCACAGUCCAGGAAAUCAACCAGGAUCCCAGGCUCUUACCCAACAUCAGCUUGGGCUAUAACCUCUACGAAAACUAUUUCGACGCACGGAGGACCUCCCAUGCCAUGCUCAAACUGCUUGCAGGCGGAGAAAGCAAUAUUCCAAACUACAAAUGUGGGAAACAGAAUAAACUCCUGGCAAUCCUUGAAGGAAGCAAUUCUAUAAUCUCGAUAGAGAUUUCAACCAUGUCAGGCAUCUACAAAAUCCCACAGUUUUGGCAGAAUGCAUACCAUUGCUCAUACUCAAAUCACGCGCUGGCCAAAAAAGGUCAGACAAGAUGCACAGAGAAGGAUAAACUGGAGACCUUGCCCAAAGAGGAGCGGGAGAGAGCCCUGUCUCAAGACAGCUACAGCACUUACUUCAACGUCCAAGUUGUGGCACAUGCCUUAAAUUCUAUGUACUUAUCUAGAUCAAAGUGGAUGUUGACGCUCCACCCUUUCUUAAGGGCAAUCCAGUUUCCAAAUACUUCCAUGGGCAGUCUGCGUUUGGAUGAGAACGGGCAGCUGCCAGCCAACUAUGAUAUUGAGAACUGGACCGUGCCGCGCUCCAGGUGUACAGAAAGCUGCCGUCCCGGCUAUGCCAAGGUGGUUCAAGAAGGAGAACCAUUUUGCUGCUAUGCUUGCGCUCUGUGUGUGGAAGGGACCAUCUCGGCUCAGGAAGCACAGCUAAGACCAUGCGUUUGGAGAGGGGGGACAAGGUACUGGCAAUACCUGUCCUUCUUGCUUGCCAUUCAAGAGGUCAACCACAACCCCAGGCUCUUACCCAACAUCACUCUGGGCUACAACAUCCACCAGAACUUUUUUGAUGGAAGGGUGACAAUCGAAGCAUUGGUAGACUUGCUCUCUACUGGGCAGGCAAAUGUUCCGAACUAUAACUGUGGAGGGCAGAAUAAUCUGUCCGCUGUUCUCGAAGGAGCCGAUUCUCCAAACUCCAUCCAGAUUUCAAGAAUGCUGAGCAUCUAUAACAUCCCACAGAUCAAUUACGCUUUUGUCUCUCACGUGAUGAAUGACAGGAGGCAGUUCCCUUUUCUCUACCCGAUGGUCCCCAAAGAAGAAGCCCUGUACCCAGGGAUUGUCAAGCUGCUCCAUCACUUCAGAUGGACCUUCAUUGGCCUUCUUACUCAAGACACCGACAACGGAGAGAGGUUCAUGAAGAAUCUGAUGCCUUUGCUCACCCAAAAUGGCAUUUGUGUUGCCAUCUCACAAAGCAUUCCACAAGUCAAAACACAUUAUGUGAUUGAUAUUCUUCCAUUCGAAAAGUGGAGACAAGUCAACGUAUUUUUUUACUAUGUAGAAACAUCUUAUUUUGUAGCAGGAGUGGUACAUGCAGAACAAAUAUUCCACCGGUUGUUAAAACCCACUGCAGGGAAAGUCUUGAUCACAACUAUUACGUGGGACAUUUCCUUCGAGUUAACAUACAGAGGUUUCUCUUUCCAACACAUCCAUGGUAUUUUUUCUUUCUUCCUUGGGACGAAUAAAUGGGCACAAUAUGAUUACUCUCUUCCCUUUUUCUCCGCUAUCACUAAGUUUUGGAAACAUGCCUUUAAUUGUUCAUAUUUAAAGCAUGCCUUGUCAGUGAAAGGCUGGACAAGAUGCAGAGAGAGAGAGAAACUGGAGAUGUUGCCUCAAGAUGACCUGGAAAGAAUCCUCUCUCUAGACAGCUACAGGAUUUACAAAGCCGUCCAAGCUGUGGCGCAUGCCUUAAAUGCGGCAUAUUCCUCUAGGUCAAACAGGAGGGUCAUGGCCAGUCUGGAAGUUCAAAAGCUACAGUCAUGGCAGUUCCACCCUUUCCUGGGAAACGCCCAGUUUUACAAUUCUUCCACGGACAAAGUGUAUUUGGAUGAGAACGGGGAACUGGCAGCUGACCUGGACAUUGUAAACUGGGUGGUGUUUCCCAAUAAGUCCAUCCUCAGGGUCAAGUUUGGGAGUAUCAAGAGACGAGGAUCCCCAGACGUACAGUUCACAAUUGAUCAGGAUGCCAUUGUGUGGCCCAAAUGGCUCAACCAGACCCUGCCUCCCUCCAGGUGCGUGGAAAGUUGUCGCCCCGGAUUUCUCAAGCUGGUUCAGGAAGGGAAGCCGCUCUGCUGCUAUGACUGCAUGUCCUGCGCAGAAGGGACCAUCUCCACUCAGGAAGAUGCAGAGCAUUGCACCAGCUGCCCAGAAGAUCAACAUCCAAACAAGGCCAGAGAUCAAUGUGUCCACAAGAUUAUCACCUUCCUGGCUUAUGAAGAACCUUUGGGGGUCGUCCUAGCUUCCUUUUCCCUCUUCUUAUUCUUAACUACAGGCUUUGUGUUAGGAACCUUCAUUAAGUUCAAAAAAACUCCCUUAGUCAAAGCCAACAACCGAGACCUCUCCUAUAUUCUCCUCGUCUCCCUCCUGCUUUCCUUUUUGUCCUCCUUCCUCUUCAUCGGGCAGCCAAGGAAAGCGACAUGCCUUCUGCAACAAAUGGCCUUCAGCAUCAUCUUCUCAGUUGCCAUCUCUUCUUUGUUGGCAAAAACCAUCACUGUGGUUCUAGCCUUUCUGGCCACAAAGCCAGGGAACAGAGUUAAGAAAUGGCUGGGGAAGAGUCUGGCCUACUCCAUUAUCAUUUCCUGCUCCAGUGUCCAAGUUGUCAUCUGCACUAUCUGGCUGGGAAUCUCUCCCCCAUUCCCAGAGUCUGACAUGAGCUCCCAGGCUGGAGAGAUCAUCCUGCAAUGCAAUGAAGGGUCUGUUGCCCUGUUUUAUACUGCCCUUAGCUACAUGGGCUUCCUGGCCUCCAUCUGCUUCAUGGUGGCUUUCCUAGCCAGGAACCUGCCUGGAGCCUUCAAUGAAGCCAAGCUGAUCACCUUCAGCAUGUUGGUCUUCUGCAGUGUUUGGGUGUCCUUUGUGCCCACCUACGAGAGCACCAAAGGGAAAUACAUGGUAGCCGUGCAGAUCUUCUCUAUCUUGGCCUCCAGUGCUGGGCUUCUGGGCUGCAUCUUCAUUCCUAAAUGCUACAUUAUUGUACUGAGGCCAGAUAUGAAUACAAAGGCAUAUUUAACCACAAAAACUAAUUUGGAAACCUUCUGAAACUGUUUUCCAGAGGUGUCAUUUAUCAAGUUCAAGGCCAACCCUACUUUUUGUUUUAGAUUA